CAACAAGAAAGACUAGAAAAGACUCAAAUAAAAGUAAUGGAGAGAGAUAGAUUACCUUCACCUAAUUUAAUUAAUACUGAAUCUUAUUUUGAGGAAGAAGAUCCUGGCGAAGUUAAUGAUGAG